AUGUUGUCUCGCGAGACCUUGCGGCGCGAAUUAGAGCGUGAAUGGGCCUUAAUUGAAAGUGCGGAACGAAAGCUUGUGGAUGAAAAGAAAAAAGUGGUGGCCGAGUGGGUGACCGUGGAGGAUGCUCAGCGAGAGUACGACUCCAAACGCAAUGAAUUUGAGAAGAACCUAAGCAAGCAUUUCGACUUUCAGCCUGAGAACUCUGUUAUUGUCUUCAACGUUGGUGGGCAGUUGUUUAAAUCGACUGUCAAAGUUUGGACUCGAGACCGAUUCUCCAUUUUAGCUCAAUUGUGCACAAAAUCACCAAAGCUCCACCCCGACAAGGACGGAUCAUUUUUCUUUGACCGAGACUUUUUAGUCUUUCAGCUUAUUUUUGGUUUUUUGCGAGACAAUAAAUUACCGAAUACAGUAGACGAGCUGCGUGAGCUCUACUGUGAAGCCUCGUUUUAUCGAUUGGGGCUUCUCCGACAUGCCAUCGAGGCCAGAAUGAUGGGUCAGGAAGCUAUGGUAGUAAAUGUGCUGCAAGAACUUCCGAAAUGUACACCAGCCUUCAAUCUAGUAGAAGAGACGGAAAGCAAAAGUGUCUCUCCUGUAGCUGACACAACCACUCCUUCACUUCACAGCAGGUACAGCGAGCUGCCAGACCCGUUCGGCUUUACAUCGAGAAAACAAACAUAA